AUGCGAGACUUCAGUGACACCUUGAAACCAUCGUCUGAUGGCACCGCAAUCCUGGAAGCGGAAAGAGCAAGAUCCAACAUCUUGGUGGAUGAGCUUUCAAAACAUCUUCUAUCAAGAAACGAUUUCCUAGAGCGUCAAAAGAGGAUUACUGCCAUCCUAGAGAAGGAGCCUCUCUUCAGGAAAGGUCAGCAACUGAAUCUCAGUCGACCUGAGAGAUACCAUUUGGGACUUGCACGAGCAAAAGCACAACGACGGCUAGGGCGCGAACAUGGCUGGGACGAAGAAGAUUACAAGAUGGCCGAGUAUCUUACAGACGAGAUGUCUCCUUUCCACUUGCAUUAUACCAUGUUUGCCAAUACAAUAAAAGAACAAGCCAGUGAUGAUCAGAAAAAGACAUGGAUGCCACUAAUUGACAGCUGGAAGAUUUUAGGGGCCUAUGCUCAAACUGAGCUAGGACACGGAAGCAAUGUUCGAGGUCUGGAAUGUGAAGCAAGAUGGGACCCUAAGGCCAAGGAGUUCAUUAUUCACAGCCCAUACUUGACAGCGAGCAAAUGGUGGAAUGGAACAAUGGGUCGAACAGCAACGCAUGCCAUUGUCGUUGCGCAAUUGCUCAUUCCAAAAGAUAACUCCCCUACAGCGACUGAGUUUGUACAUCAUGGCAAUGUGUCAUUUGUUGUGCAAAUUCGAGAUGAGAAAACACAUCAGCCACUUCCAGGCAUCAUUAUUGGUGAUAUUGGUCCGAAAUACGGCUAUACAAGUAUGGACAAUGGCUACAUGCUAUUUGACCACUUUAGGGUGCCUCAUGAUGCCAUGCUUUCACGAUAUGUCAAAGUCAACCCGAAUACUGGCGAGUUCACUCGAAAAGGUCACCCUGCAACUCUGUAUGGAAGUUUGACUUUUGUUCGUGCAAACAUUGUCCAACAUUCUCGACUCGUUCUUGCACGGGCUGUGACUAUUGCUGUUCGAUAUACCUCGAUUCGAAGGCAAUUCAGCGACCGUGAUGCAGCAACGAAGAAUGCGUCUGAAUUACCUGUAUUAGAUUACCCGACUGUUCAAAUUAGAAUCCUGCCUCUUCUUGCAACUACGUUUGCGCUGCAUUAUACUGGAGAGGCUAUGUAUAAUCUUUACUAUCGUUCCAGGGCAGCAAUUGAAAAGGGUGAUUUUAGUUCCAUCGCCGAACUACACAGCACAUCUUCUGGACUGAAAAGCUUAUGCACAACAUACGCUGCGAAUGGUAUUGAAACUUGUAGGCGUGCUAUGGGUGGGCAUGGUUUCGGGGGAGGGAGCGGUUUGAUCGGAAUCAACAAUGAUUAUUUAUCCAAGCCAACAGUGGAAGGAGAUAAUUGGAUGAUCACGCAGCAGGUAGCCAGCUAUUUAAUCAAGAAGAUGGAGGCUGCGGUCAACACGCCAAGUGCUCCAGCCACGGACAAGACAGACGAGCUCUUCAAAAUGUAUCUUUCAACAAGGGAUAAUAGAACACCUGUAUGUGUUCUCUCCCAGGGUUCCAUCAGCAAUGAAGCUAUAAUGGAAGCUUUCCGCUGGCGUGCGGCUGUGUUGAGUUAUCAAGCUUAUCAAGACCGGGUUGUCAAGAAGAGGAAGUGGAACAGCUUACUGAUAAAAUUGCAUAAGCUAAGUAAUGUCUACUCGCAGAAGUUGCUCGUCGAGAACUUUUACGAUGCGUUGCAAAGUUCGCCGCUCUCUGACACAAAUGCCGCGGUUAUGAAUGACUUGUACCGUUUAUAUGCUUUACAUACCAUGGAUGAAGAUCCACUUUCAUUCAUAACGACUGGUGCUGUGACUUCCUCAUCUAUAGAGGAGCUAGAGGACGCGGUAUUGCUACUUAUGACGGAAAAAAUUCGCCCGCACGCUGUUAAGCUUGUUGAUGCCUGGGCCAUGCCAGAUUAUCUGCUGGACAGUGCACUUGGUCGAUCCGAUGGUAAGGUGUAUGAAGAUCUUUGGGACCGCGCUCAUCGACAGAAUCCCCUGAACAAGGUCACUUUUAACGUGGAUUGGGAAAGUGAUGAGAUCGUAAAAGGCAGUGGAGAUGGUGGCAGGCAUAUAUUGGCAAAGCUGUGA